CGCCUCCCGGUGGGCUUUGCGCGCGGUGCCGCCCCUGCCUCCCUCAGGGCCGGGCGCGGAAGAUGGCGGCGGGGCCGGGGAAGCACAAGCUGCUGAGCGCCGGCCCCACCGAGCCCUGGUCCAUCCGCGAGAAGCUCUGCCUGGCUUCCUCCGUCAUGCGCAGCGGCGACCAGAACUGGGUCUCAGUCAGCAGAGCCAUCAAACCUUUUGCAGAGCCAGGACGCCCACCUGACUGGUUUUCCCAAAAGCACUGUGCAUCUCAGUACUCGGAGCUCUUGGAGACCACGGAGACCCCUAAGAGAAAACGUGGUGAGAAGGGAGAAGUUGUGGAAACUGUGGAAGAUGUUAUUGUGCGGAAACUGACUGCAGAGCGGGUUGAGGAGUUGAAGAAAAUUAUUAAAGAAACACAGGAAAAAUACAGGCAACUCAAGAAGGAUGCAGAGCUGAUCCAGGCUGGACACAUGGAUAACAGACUGGAGGAGCUCUGCAAUGAGAUUAUGAUAAAGAAAAAAAUGGAAGAGGAGGAGGCAGAAGUCAAGAGGAAGGCUACAGAUGCUGCUUAUCAAGCUCGCCAGGCCAUUAAGAACCCACCUCGAAGACUCACAGGGGUGAUGGUUCGUUCUCCCGCUGGCUCCACCUCCCCUGGCGGGGAUUAUUCCCUGGGAGAUCUGUCCCAGCCUGCUGGGGAUGAUGCCAGUCCAGGGGUCACGCCAGGGACAUUGCCCAGCACCCCAGUUGCCUCCUUCAUUGGAAUCCCUGACACCCCUCCAGGCUCUGCUCCCCUGGAUGCCCCCAUGACCCCAGUCACUGAUGAUUCACCCCAGAAAAAGAUGCUAGGACAAAAAGCAACUCCGCCUCCUUCCCCUCUGCUCUCAGAGCUGCUGAAGAAGGGCAGUCUCCUGCCCACAAGCCCCAGGCUGGUCGGUGAAAACGAAAUGGCAGUGGCUUCUGGUCACAUGAACAGCUCAGGAGUGCUGCUGGAGGUAGGAAGUGUCCUUCCAGUGCUGCACAGUGGGGAAAUGCAGUCGGCACCUGGUGCUGUCCCUGCAUCUCCAGCUGCUUCAGGUGCUCCUACGCUUUCCCGGCUUUUAGAAGCUGGUCCUGCACAGUUCACCUCACCUCUUGCUUCCUUCUCCGCUGUUGCCAGCGAGCCUCCAGCUAAGCUCCUGCCACCCCCCGUAGAGCCUGUGUCCCAGGCCACUAUUGUCAUGAUGCCCACACUGUCAGCACCAGCCGUUGUGCCACCAGCUGCAGCUCCAGAAAGCAUAGCCACAGUGAGCCAGCCAGAAGCCUGUGUUUCCAUGGAGGCAGUGUCUGAUUCCCAUACUGUGACAGUGUCCAUGGACAGCAGUGAAAUAUCAAUGAUCAUUGAUUCCAUCAAGAAAGAGUGCCUGGGUUCUGGGGCUGGCAGCACUGCAGGGUCUUCCAAAGAUCACUGCAUGGAUGGGAAAGAAGAUCUGGAUUUGGCUGAGAAAAUGGAUAUUGCAGUGUCCUAUACGGGGGAAGAGCUGGACUUUGACACGGUUGGAAAUAUUAUAGCCAUCAUUGAGGACAAGGUAGACGACCACCCUGAAGUCCUGGAUGCAGCAGUUGUUGAAGCUGCUCUGUCUUCUUUCUGCGAAGAUACUGAUGAUCCUCAGACCCUUCCUGGCCCAUGGGAACAUUCAAUUCGUCAGGAGCAUGAGAAACAGCCCCAGAUACCCCAAGUGUCUGUGACUGUGAAGCAGGAGAGACUGGAGUGUGAGGAGCCAGAGGCAAAGGGAAUUCGAGACCUAAUGAGCAUCAGCGAGCUUGGGUCAGAAAUAAAGACUGAACUUGCAGAGCAGGACCAGAGUCAGCUGGGCUCUGAAGAAACCAUACCAGCAACUGCAAGAGUGACAGAAACACCAGAGCUUAGAAACCAAGAGGUAGAAGAAGAUCAAAGAGCAGCUGUAACAUCAGGAGAGACUUCUGAAAUCAAGAUAGAUUCAUCCCAGGGAGAAGAUGCAGUGCUCAAUCCAGUGAAGACAGAGACCCCACCUGAUGAUGAUUCAUCCCCUCCACAAGUCCCAAAUGUGAGUGAAGACUCCUCACAGGCUGAUGUUCAGCACAAAUUUGAGCUGUCAGAGUCAAUGAAGGAGGAAGCCCAAGCCCUGUUUAGGAGUCAGAUGAAGGAUGGGCAGGGUGAGGAGGAUGAUGAGGACGGUGCCAGUGAGGCUGCCAGUUUGGAGGAACCCAAAGAAGAAGACCAGGGUGAGGGGUAUCUCUCAGAGAUGGAUAACGAGCCCCCCGUGAGCGAGAGCGACGAUGGCUUCAGCGUCCACAACGCGCCCUUGCAGUCCCACGCGCUCGCCGACUCCAUCCCCAGCAGCCCAGCCUCCUCGCAGUUCUCAGUGUGCAGUGAGGACCAGGAAGCGAUACAGGCUCAAAAGAUCUGGAAGAAAGCCAUCAUGCUGGUUUGGAGAGCAGCAGCUAAUCACAGGUAUGCCAAUGUCUUCCUGCAGCCUGUAACUGAUGACAUAGCACCAGGCUACCACAGCAUUGUGCAGAGGCCAAUGGAUUUAUCCACCAUCAAAAAGAACAUUGAGAACGGGCUGAUCCGAACCACAGCAGAGUUCCAGCGGGAUAUUAUGCUGAUGUUUCAGAACGCAGUGAUGUACAACAGCUCUGACCACGAUGUGUACCACAUGGCUGUGGAGAUGCAGAGAGAUGUCCUGGAGCAGAUCCAGCAAUUUCUGGCCACACAACUGAUGAUGCAAACAUCAGAGUCAGGGAUCAGUGCAAAGAGCCUGCGGGGGCGAGACUCCACUCGCAAGCAGGAUGCUUCGGAGAAGGACGGAGGCACCAGAGGGCGGCGCUGCGCCAUCGAGGCAGACAUGAAGAUGAAGAAAUGAUGCUGCAGACACAGAAUCCCAGCAGAAUCCCAGGCAUCUGGAGCUGGAGUGCAAGCAGGCAACUCUUAACAGCUGCUGGAGGAGGAAGAAAAGCUGCAGGUCCAUUUCUGGGACCUUGUUCACCACCUUCACUUGCCCUUCUGGAAAGCAGUGUCUUGUCAGAAUGUGUAACCCAAAGAAACUUCCCCAGAGGGGAAGACCAGCCCCCCUGCCUGUUUUAGGGCAGUCGUCUUGGGCUUCAUCAGUGUUCUGGUGUUAGCUAGCAACUGGUGGCUCGUAUGUACUGUAAUGUGAAGUGUACAGAUUUUUACUAGUGAUGUGUAAAUGUGAUGUAUAUUAAAAUCUGGGAACAAA